AUGGCGAAACGACCCGCCGUGCAACCGGCCUUGCAUAAGGUGAUAAUGGUGGGCAGCGGUGGUGUUGGCAAGUCCGCGCUCACCCUGCAAUUCAUGUACGACGAGUUCGUGGAGGACUACGAGCCCACCAAGGCGGACUCGUACAGGAAGAAGAUCCUCCUCGACGGGGAAGACGUCCAAAUCGAUAUCCUCGAUACCGCCGGUCAGGAGGACUACGCGGCUAUCAGGGACAGUUAUUUCAGGAGCGGUGAGGGUUUUUUAUGCAUAUUUUCUAUCACUGAAGAUGAGAGCUUUCUAUCGACAGCCGAAUUCAGGGAACAAAUUCUUAGGGUAAAAAAUGAUGAAAACAUUCCCAUUUUACUAGUUGGUAACAAAUGUGAUUUAGAGGAUAGAAGGAAGGUUUCCUUUCAGGAGGCUUCGGAUAGGGCGAAACAGUGGGGCGUGCCUUAUGUAGAAACUUCCGCCAAGACUCGUGAACAUGUAGAUAAGGUAUUCUAUGAUCUCAUGAGAGAAAUAAGGGCUCGAAAAAUGGAAGAAAACAAAACCAGUAAUGGCAAAGGAAAAGACAAAAGCAAGAAAAAGAAACGUAUAUGCCGUAUUCUUUAA